AUGGUUAAUAUGACAACCAUCACUAGUAAUCAUACAGCGUCCUCUACAUCACAUCGGCCUCAUAUUGAUCGUGAAAAAUCAACAAUAGAUGAAAUACGAGAAAUUGUGCGUGAACAAUCGUUUAUAACAACACCUACACCAUUAAUGGGCACUACGCAACAUGAAUUUGGUGAUGUGCCAGUCAAAAAAUAUCCUCCACUUCCUGAUAUUUUAACGACAGAUGAUACAUUUUAUCGUACAGAAUCAAGUUUAUUACCAUCAGAAAACGAUCUUACUUCUUAUUCAAAAAAUCACCAUUAUCCACGAAUAAUCACUACGAAACAAAUGUUUUAUCAUUUUGCAACACCACCAAAACGCCAUACUACAACUAAUAAUUAUCACCAUCGUCGUACUUUAAACACCACUACUCAACAACAGCAGCAUCGUUUACCUGCUUUAAAUUCGAAUCAUUAUCAAAAGAAAACAAUAGUAAAUGUUAUGGAUCUUAACGAAGAUUUGCCAUUCGUCUUCCCUUCAAAUACAAAUAAUAUUAUUCAACGUUCAACGUAUACAUCACCAGGUGAACGAGUCAUCUCGCCUAUUAAACGUCCUUCUGCUCCAUCUCCACCCGCAAGCGCUCAAAUAAAGCGCCCAAAUGGUUUCUGUACAUCAGCACAAAAUAAUCAUUAUAGUGAUGAAGAAUUAUCAAAAUUAAGUUUGGAUGAAGAUGACGAUGACGAUGAUAUUGAUGAGGAUAGUGAUCAAAUGUUUGAUCCAGGAGAUAGAACAUAUUAUAAUCGAAAUCAUACAUAUACUGAACGUAAAGCUGUAUUUCUAGAUGAUACUCAUCCAUUAGAGAAUGAUUUAUAUCCAACGUUUUCAUUAUAA